AAUACUGUCACUGUAAUCGGUUGAAGGUGAAUACAAUGUUGAAUCCAUAUAUUGCAUAUUAUAAUUAUUGUGUAUUGUUAAUUAUGAUAGUGUGUUUGCUUCAUAACAGCGCGGAGAUGUGAUUUACUGAAUGCGGCCCCUUUAAGAAACGUGACACCGCGCGCACUGAGGAUGCGCAGAAGAGAGAAGUGCGCGAGACCCUCUAUAGAUUGUUUUCCUUCUCUCUCUCUCUCUCUCUCUCUCUCUCUCUGUCUCUCUCUCUCUCUGUCUUUGUUGUUUCCUUUGAUGCUAUUAUGAAUGCAACUUUAAGUGUAGGUUAUAAUGUUCUUGUUAAUGCAGUAAAAAGAGAGACAGAGAAGCGCGAGAGACGAGACGAGUGCUGAAACUUUCACCAUUUGAAGCUAAAAGUGACGCUGUUAACGAUCGUGAAUGAAGAUUUCCAGUUAGAGGGCCAGAGAUGAUCAAUUUAUAAUUGAAGCCCCUCCCACAACAAUUUACCAAUAAAUACUGGGAAUAUUCACAUCAUCCUACAAGAGAAGGACAAACUCCAGGUGUAGCAGCUGAAAUCUGUGUGACUGUUAAAGAUGGAGUUUAUUAAAGAGGAGAUUGAAGACAUGAGUGAUCCAGAACCAUCCAGAAUAAAACAUGAAGAUACUGAGGAACAAAUAGAUCAGAUGGAAGAGAAGGAGCAAAGACACAAACUAAAUGACAUAAAAAAACACUGUGACUUUAAAACUCAAGGAACAAAAGCCAAAAAGCUACACACCUGCUCACAGUGUGGAAAUAGUUUCACACAAAAAGGAACCCUUAAUGUACACAUGAGAAUUCACACUGGAGAAAAACCGUUUACAUGCACUCAGUGUGGAAAGAGUUUUUCUCGAGCAUCAGGUCUCAGAAUUCAUCUGCUCCGUCACUCUGGAGAAAAACCAUUCAAGUGUGAUCAGUGUGGUAAAGAUUUUAAUUUAUCACCACAACUAAAACAACACCUGAAGGUUCAUUCAGAUGAGAGGCCUUAUGUGUGUUCACUCUGUGGAAGGAGUUUUUCAAGGCUGGAUCAUUUUAAACAGCACCAGAAAACGCAUGAUGAAGUGAGAGAUCAUGUGUGUUGUGACUGUGGGAAGAGCUUUACUACAUCUAGUCAUCUGAAACAGCACCAAAGAAUUCAUACUGGAGAAAAACCUUACAAGUGCUCAUAUUGUGACAAGAGAUUCACUCAGUCUCCACACCUGAAAUCACAUGAGCGACUUCAUACUGGAGAGAAGCCGUACUACUGUACUAAGUGUGAUAAGAGUUUCAGUGAUUUAACAUGUUUGAGAAGUCAUCUGCUCCAUCAUUCUGGAGAAAAACCAUUUCACUGUGAUCAGUGUGGUAAAGAUUUUAUUUCAUCAUCACAUUUAAAACAACACCUGAACGUUCAUUCAGAUGAGAGGCCUUAUGUGUGUUCUCUCUGUGAAAGAGUUUUUCAUGGCUAAAGAGUUUUAAACAGCACCAGAAAACACACGAUGAAGUGAGAGAUCAUGUGUUUUGUGACUGUGGGAAGAGCUUUACUACAUCUAGUCACUUGAAACGGCACCAAAGAAUUCAUACUGGAGAAAAACCUUACAAGUGCUCAUAUUGUAACAAGACUUUCACUCAGUCCGGAAACCUGAAAAAACAUGAGCGAGUUCAUACUGGAGAGAAGCCGUACGACUGUACUCAGUGUGAGAAGAGUUUCACACGUUUACGAGGCCUUCAUGCUCAUAUAAAAAAAUGUUGCAAGUGAGAAACUUUUUUUUCAUAUAAGAUUUUUUUGUAUUUUACAGAGUUGUUUACAAUUCCUGGAUGUAUUGUUGUUGAUUCUUUUUUUUUUUCUCUUUUCUCUAGUUUUUAGGCCUAAUCUGACAAUGGUAAUAACAAUCAUGAAUGUUCAUUAAUGUACACUGUACAUUUU